AUGUCUGAUCCGUCAUUAGCCUCUUUCCCGAAAAGAGAGUUGGAAUUGACUCCAUUCUGUUCUCAGUUGGAUUUCAUCAACAAGGCCUUGCUUUCGCUUUCAAAACAGGACUCAUCAGUCAACAACUACACGAACACGUCUCGUAGGUACACCAAUCAAAACCAGCAGAACACGCAUGCAAACUACAACAACAACCAGCAAAACAAAUACGCUUUGGCUGCUGUUGCUGCCGCCGCGGCUGUCCAGCACCAACAGCUGAACUACCUUCUUCAACAACAUCAGCAAAAUCAACAAAAUCAAAACCAACAAUACCAAAGUCAAAACCAGCAGAAUCAGCAGCAGCAGCUUCGCAAUAACCAAUAUUCACAGCAGUCACAUCCUCAGUUCCAACUGAAUCAACACCAGCAACAAUAUCAUCAACCACAGUAUCAGCCGCAGCAAUAUCAGCAACAACGUCUGAAUCAACAACAAUUCCAAAAUCAACAGAAUCAACAAAACCAGCAAAAUCAACAAAAUUACCAACAGCUGCAACAAUUACAACAGAACCAGCAAAGUCUUCAGAACUUCCAGCACCAGAAUCUUAAUAAUUUUCAAAAUCAGCAACAGCCUCCACAGGUAUUUGGUUCUGAACUCUCUGCCUCUUCUUCUGUUGCCUCUGACUCUCAAUCCAACUCUACCAGUGCUGGAACACCAUUGACUGGCAUUCCUCCUGCUCUUGAUUUGAAAAGCAACUUCUUGAUGUUCAACGAAAGCUCGCACUCAAUAUCUUCUCCUACUUAUUCUAGCGCAGCUCAGCAACAGAAACCUCCGCAACUCCACUCCAAGUUAUUUGACUCUCUGUCCAGCAACUCGUCUCCGAUUUUGCUUCCACCGAACUCAAGCGCUUCCAACAAGAACUCACCUCCCAACUUGUUUCUCUCUACGCCUGUGACUACACCUUUGAAUGCUACACAUUCUACUGCAACCGGCUCUCCAUUGACCAAGCCUACCCUUCCAGAAACGUCUGGUGGAUUUCUCAACUCACCACUGUUGCUUCCUACUCUGACACCAACCUCUGCGGGAGGUGCCAACUGGAGCACUACCAAUUCUAGUGCUUCAAUCUGGGGUAACACUACCAAUGGAGUGUCUGCUCUGUCUGCUAACUCUUCUAAGGGUAACAGCCAUCUAAUCUCCAGCUUCGGCAGCUCAGGAAUGUGGUGA